AUGAAUGACCUGCUGAAGGUGCCCCUGGUGCACGUCCUCACCCUGGCAGCCCUCAGCUUGGCUGAGACACUUCUGAAAGCUCCCUUGAUCAGCACUCCUCUGGAAACAGUGGAUGCCCUGGUAGAAGAUGUUGCCAAGUUUGUCUGUGUAGUGGAGUCAUAUCCUGAGCCAGAGAUUACAUGGACACGCAACAGCAUUCCCAUCAGGCUGUUUGACACACGGUACAGCAUCCAGAGGAAUGGGCAGCUGCUGACCAUCCUGAGCGUGGAGGACAGUGAUGAUGGGGUGUACUGCUGCACAGCAGAUAAUGGAGUUGGUGCAGCUGCACAGAGCUGUGGGGCUCUCCAGGUGAAAAUGCGACCCAAAAUAACCCGUCCACCUGUAAAUGUGGAAAUAAUAGAAGGAUUAAAGGCUGUUCUUCCAUGCACUACAAUGGGGAAUCCAAAACCUUCUGUUUCAUGGGUCAAAGGAGAAACAGUUGUAAAGGAGACUGCUCGCAUCGCUGUCCUCGAUUCUGGGAAUUUAAGGAUACACAAUGUUCAGAGAGAAGAUGCAGGACAGUAUCGUUGUGUAGCCAAGAACAGUUUGGGCACAGCCUAUUCGAAACCUGCAAAUGUGGUAGUGGAAGUGUUUGCCAGAAUCCUGAAGGCUCCUGAAUCCCAAAACAUCACCUUUGGGUCUGUGGUGACAUUGCGGUGCACAGCGACCGGCCUUCCAGUCCCUACUGUCACCUGGCUGGAAAAUGGGAAAGCUGUUUCUGUGGGGUCGAUAGCAGAAAGCGUCAAGGACAGAGUGGUUGAUUCCAGACUGCAAGUGUAUGUCACCCGACCUGGCCUGUUCACUUGUCUUGCCACAAACAAGCACAGCAAAACUUUUGGAGCCGCAAAAGCAGCAGCAACCAUCAGCAUUUCAGAAUGGAGAGAGAAUUGCCUUGCUGUAAAGGAUCUCUACUGCUUUAAGGAAUGGCUAUCAAUGGAGGAGAACUCUCAGAAGGGGAUUUACAAGCCGGGGCUGAUGCUGCUCACUCUUCCUGAAUGCAACAGGUUGCCCAGCCUGCACCAGAAUCCCAGCUCCUGUACCCACAUCCCUUUCUUUGCAUUGUUAUCACUGGGAACAAGAAAACCAAGUGGAGAGACUCUAAAUCUUCCUCCUCCUCCUCCAUUUUCCCCUACAUACUCCAUGACUGUUAUCAUCUCGAUCAUCUCCAGCUUUGCCCUGGUCGUGAUCUUUGGCAUUAUCACCCUGGUUUGCUGCCGUCGUCGAAAACAGUGGAAAAACAAAAAAAGAGAGUCGGAGACACCAACUCUCACCACUCUGCCCUCCGAACUGCUCCUGGACCGGUUGCACCCCAACCCCAUGUACCAGCGCAUGCCUCUUCUCCUCAAUCCAAAAUUGCUUAGCUUGGAGUAUCCCAGGAACAAUAUUGAAUAUGUGAGAGAUAUUGGGGAGGGAGCAUUUGGGAGAGUCUUCCAGGCCAGGGCCCCAGGGCUGCUGCCAUAUGAACCUUUCACCAUGGUAGCAGUGAAAAUGCUGAAGGAGGAAGCAUCUGCAGACAUGCAGGCUGACUUUCAGAGGGAAGCAGCUCUCAUGGCAGAGUUUGACAAUCCGAACAUCGUCAAGCUUUUAGGCGUGUGUGCGGUUGGGAAGCCGAUGUGCCUGCUGUUCGAGUACAUGGCCUACGGGGACCUGAACGAGUACCUGCGUGACCGCUCGCCCCGCAACCUGUGCAGCCUGGCGCAGGGCAGCCUGGACACGCGGCUGCGCCUCCCGAACCCCCUGGCGCUCUGCUGCACCAGCCAGCUCUGCAUUGCCAAGCAGGUGGCUGCCGGCAUGGCAUACCUCUCCGAGCGCAAGUUCGUCCACCGGGAUUUGGCCACCAGAAACUGCCUGGUGGGGGAGAACAUGGUGGUGAAAAUUGCAGAUUUCGGUCUCUCAAGGAACAUGUAUUCGGCUGACUAUUACAAAGCUAACGAGAAUGAUGCCAUCCCCAUCCGCUGGAUGCCCCCUGAGUCCAUUUUCUACAACCGCUACACCACGGAGUCUGAUGUGUGGGCCUAUGGGGUGGUGCUGUGGGAGAUCUUCUCCUACGGCAUGCAACCUUACUAUGGGAUGGCUCACGAAGAGGUCAUCUACUACGUGAGGGAUGGGAAUGUCCUCUCCUGCCCCGACAAUUGUCCUCUGGAGCUCUACAACCUGAUGCGCCUCUGCUGGAGCAAGUUGCCUGCUGACCGGCCAGGCUUUGCCAGCAUCCACCGCAUCUUGGAGCGCAUGUACAAGAGGGCCGUGGCCAACAUGUCUGUCUGA